AUGUCCUGCAGCUCCUUCCACAAUACCACGACUAUUGCUAAACCAGAUUUAGAUUAUAGCGAAACUGCCAAUGUUGUGCGGGCAAAAGUCAGCUCGUCCAGUGUGACGCGAAGUAGCAGUGUAGUAAAUGGAGGACAUUCGAGGAACAAUUCGCUCACAAAACCAGCCCUCCGUACAGGCGGCCUACAGAUAGAUGAUUUCAGAGGAAGCCCGCAGAGUGCGACGCGUGCUUCUGCUCCUCCUUCAACCGUUGGAAGAUCCUCGACCCUUGGCCUAUCACCAAGCUCUCAUCUAUUUCCACCCGAUGCUACCCCUUCACCGACAAGUUCUGUGG